AUGCAACUAAAAUCUAUUUUGCACGCAGAUCCAUACGAACAAGUAUUACUGGACGAGAAAGGGCAUGGUCAUGGUACUCUCUUAUUUUCUGAUGGAAUAAAGUAUGACGGGGAGUACAGCCAUAACAUACCUAAUGGAAAAGGCUCAUUAACUUUGCCUAAUGGUGAGUAUUACAAUGGAGAUUUUAAAGAUGGCAAAAUGCAUGGUCAUGGUAUUUUUCAUUAUUCUGAUGGAAACAGAUAUGAAGGUGAAUUCAUCAAUAAUAUACCUAACGGAAAAGGCGUAUUAACAUGGCCUAAUGGCGACUACUACAAAGGAGAUUUCAAAGAUGGUAAACAACAUGGUCACGGUAUUUUUCAUCCUUCUGAUGGAAACAUAUAUGAAGGUGAAUUCGUCAAUAACAUACCUAACGGAAAAGGCACAUUAACGUGGCCGAAUGGUGAUGAGUAUAAAGGAUCUUUUCUACUUGGACUUAGGCAUGGGUACGGCACACUUAUCUAUAAAAAUAGAGACAAAUAUGUCGGAGAUUGGGCUGCCGGCAAAGAAGAUGGAAAUGGAAUCAAAGUAUGGUCGAGUGGUAAUCAAUAUGAAGGUGGAUGGAGGAAGGGAAAACACUAUGGUGAAGGUACUCUGAUUCUUACAAAUAAAGAGAAGUAUGUAGGAAACUGGAGAGAUGGUAAGAAGGAUGGACACGGUGUGUAUACAUGGCCUAAUGGCGAGCGUUAUGAAGGAUAUUGGAAAGAUGAUAUACAGCAUGGAUUUGGUACUACUAUUUAUGCAACAGGAGAAAAAUUCGAAGGCACCUGGAUUCAUGGCAAGAAGGAUGGGCAAGGCGUAUAUACAUGGUCUAAUGGCACCUAUUACAAUGGAAAUUUCAAAGAUGGUAAACAAAAUGAUCAUGGUAUUUUUAAUUAUUCUGAUGGAAAAAAAUAUGAAGGCGAAUUCAUCAAUAACAUGCCCAAUGGAAAAGGCGUAUUGACUUGGCCGAAUGGCGACCGAUAUAAUGGAAGCUUCAAGGAUGGUUUAAUACAUGGUAAUGGCACUUUUGUGUUUACAAACGGGGAGAAGUACGAAGGUGGUUGGAUCAAUGAUAAGAAAAAUAAUCAAGGUGUAUAUACUUGGCCGAAUGGCGACCGAUAUAAUGGAAGCUUCAAGGAUGAUUUAAGACAUGGUAAUGGCACUUUUGUGUUUACAAACGGGGAGAAGUACGAAGGUGGUUGGAUUAAUGAUAAGAAAAAUGAUCAAGGUGUAUAUACUUGGCCAAAUGGUGACCGAUUUAUUGGCAAUUGGAUGAAUGAUGAUAAACAUGGUUAUUGUGAGAUGCAUUACACAAAUGGAACAAAAGUUUUAGGCGAAUGGGUUUCAAAUGCAUGCGUUGGUCGUAAUAGUAGCACAUCUAUAUUUGUUAUUGCUAAAUAUCUAUGUUCAGUUGUGUUGAUUAUUUGCCUUUUAUUUCAUUGUUUAUCAUAA